CUCUCAAAAUUCUCUCUCUCUCUCUCUCUCUCUCUCUCUCUCUCGAAUUUCAGAUUACUUUAUUGCUUGAAGAAUAUAACAAUGGCGUCUUCGACAUUUGUUAUGGUGCUGUUGUUUGCUAUGAUCGCUGGAUCUGCUCUGGCUCAGUCUCCUACCGGAUCUCCGACGGUAUCGCCGACGGCUACUCCCACUGCAUCGCCUCCUUCUUCCGUUGUCUCUCCUCCAACGAGCUCUCCUACAUCGGCACCAUCUGAGUCUCCUUUACCAGCUUCUCCACCUGCUCCUCCUCCUUCCCUUUCUCCGGAUGGUUCUCCGGCCACUUCCCCUUCUAGCUCAUCCGCUCCUACCGGAUCUCCUACUUCUUCACCUUCAAACUCCGCUAGCUUGAACACAGUCGCUUUUGGAUCUAUGGCUGUGGUUGCCUUAGCCGCUGCUUUGGUUCUGUAGAGAUCUGAUAUGUUUGAAGAGAUUUUUCAUGUUCAUUUUAUGGCUUUUGAUUCUUGUGAUACUUUUUUAGUUUAUUGAUUAUGAUUAUAAUUAUUAAUUUUUAGUAGUGGUUGUAGGUCAUUAUUGUUACUAAAAUUAUUGUAUGUCUCUUUUACUUGGUCGAGUGCAUAUGCAUAGGGUUGAUGAUUUUACUGAUCAUGUGAUGUUAUAUUUAUGGAUUCUUUUGUUACGGAGAUUGUCACUUCUUCCU